AUGAACAGACAAGUCUGCAAGACCUCAGGUGGAGGGAGCCACGGCUUCUCUGGCCGCUCUGCCGUGGUCUCUGGCAGCAGCCGCAUGAGCUGCGUGGCCCGCACAGGGCGCUCUGGCGGAGGAGCCUGUGGGGCCCGUAGUGGGGCCGGUGGCUUUGGCAGCCAAAGUCUCUACAACCUGGGUGGCAACAGGAGCAUCUCCUACAGCGUGGCUGGUGGUUCCAGGGGUGGAGCCUUCGGCUUUGGUGGUGGACGCAGCAGCUGUGGAGGAGGCUUUGGAGGAGCUGGUGGCUUUGGAGGUGGCUUUGGAGGUGGCUUUGGAGGUGGCUUUGGAGGAGCUGGUGGCUUUGGAGGGGCUGCUGGUUAUGGUGGGCUAGGUGGCUUUGGUGGCCCCGGUGGCUUUGGUGGCCCUGGUGGCCCUGGUGGUUUUGGACCUGGUGGCUUCCCUGGUGGGAUCCAGGAAGUGACUGUGAACCAGAGCCUUCUGCAACCCCUCAAUGUGGAGAUAGACCCUCAGAUUGGUGCUGUGAGGAGCCAGGAGAGGGAGCAGAUCAAGACCCUCAACAACAAAUUCGCCUCCUUCAUUGACAAGGUGCGGUUUCUGGAGCAGCAGAACAAGGUUCUGGAGACCAAAUGGAACUUGCUCCAGCAGCAAGGUGUCAACUCUGUCACAGGCACUAAUAAUCUUGAUCCUCUCUUUGAGAGCUACAUCAGCAACCUUCGGAGGACUCUGGAUGGGCUCCAGGGAGAGAGAGGAAAAUUAGAUGGAGAGCUGAGGAGCAUGCAAGAACUGGUGGAAGACUUCAAGAGGAAAUAUGAAGAUGAAAUCAACAAACGUACAGCUGCUGAAAAUGAGUUUGUGACACUUAAAAAGGAUGUGGAUGCUGCCUACAUGAACAAGGUGGAGCUUCAGAGCCGGGUGGACAGCCUGGUUGAUGAAGUCAACUUCAUUAGGGCUCUCUAUGAAGCGGAACUGAACCAGAUGCAGACUCACGUGAGCGACACUUCUGUCAUUCUCUCUAUGGACAACAACCGCUCUCUUGACCUGAAUAGCAUCAUUGUUGAGGUCCAAGCACAGUAUGAAGAGAUGGUUGAGAGGAGCAAGGCAGAGGCCAAUGAACUGUACCAGACUAAGCUAGGAGAACUGCAAACCAAGGCUGGCAGGCAUGGUGAUGACUUGAAAAGCACCAAGAGUGAGAUCAUGGAACUCAACAGAAUGAUCCAAAGGCUUCGGGCUGAGAUUGAGAAUAUCAAGAAACAGAAUGUCAACCUGCAGGCAGCUAUAGCUGAAGCUGAGCAGCGUGGGGAACUGGCACUCAAGGAUGCCCAGGCCAAACUCCAGGGAUUGCAGACUGCCCUGCAACAGGCCAAGGAUGACUUGGCCCGCCUGUUGAGGGACUACCAGGACCUGAUGAAUGUAAAAUUGGCCCUGGAUGUUGAGAUUGCCACCUAUAGGAAACUGCUGGAGGGAGAGGAGUACAGGAUGUCUGGAGAGUUCCAGAACCCUGUGAGCAUCUCUGUGGUCAGCAGUAGCACCUCUACCUCGGUGUCCGGCGGUGGCUACGGAGGUGGCUACGGUGGUGGCCGAGCGGGCGGCAGCGGCUUCGGCGGCGGUAGUGGCUUCGGCGGCGGCAGCGGCAGCGGUUUCGGCGGCGGCAGUAGCUUCGGCGGCGGCAGCAGCUUCGGCGGCGGCAGCGGCAGCGGCUUUGGCGGCGGCAGCGGCAGCGGCAAAGGCCUCGGCUCUGGAGGGCGCUCCGGAGUCAGCCGGGGUGGGAUCAGCUCCGGCAGCACCCUCGGGGGCAGCAGCAGCAGCAGCAGCAGCUCGGUCAAGUACUCUCAGUCAUCCGGCCAGCGCUCCUCCAGAUAA